AAUGAAAAGAGUUGUGGGCUUUUUUAGAGGGAGGGAAUGGGUUGGGCUUUUCACACCAUUAUAGUAAUAAGAAAGAAAGAAAUAGAAAAGAAGAGAUAAAGUAUAUCGGAGAUGGCGAUGAGCAGUGCGAGUGGUGCUUCUCUCUCAACUCUCCGGCCCAAAGCAAUCAUUUGUUGUGAUGAUAAACAAACCAAUUCCAAUUCCAAUAAGAAUAAGCCGUACCUUUCUCUGUCGAAGCCCAAGGCAUCAUGGAUCGUCAGAACCGAGUCAAAUGUGAGGAAACAAACAAGCAAGAAGAGUGAUCCCCCGUGUGUGGUUUGCCACGGCACUGGACGGCUCCACUGUUCCCUCUGUCACGGCCUUGGCAGGAGAAAUUGCCUUCAUUUGCGGAUGCUCCCCCAAGGGGAAUGGCCUAAAUGGUGUACCACUUGCGGCGGCAGUGGCCUCAGUUACUGCUCCCGUUGCCUGGGAACUGGAGAGUAUAGGUACAUCAUGGGAUUCCGCUUCAUGCACAAUGAUCAACAGACGCCCUCCUCAUGACUGCUACCCGCUCAGGGGAUUCACAUUUUCCUUAUCCUAUUUUUUAUUUGCCUGUCAUAUGGUUAUGGUUAUGGUUAUGGUUAUGGUUAUGGAUGCUCAAAUAUAUUAUCAAACCUCCUAUUUUCCAAAAUUACUACUAUUUCCUAA